CGCCGCCAGCGGAGGACCAACCCGUGCCCAUGCAGGUCGAGACGCUGCAGCCCAAUGCCCCCGCACGGCAGCAGCUGCAGAGCUCGAUCGCGCAGCUCGAGAAGGCCCCCGCGGCCCUCGAGGGCCAAGGAGAUGCGGUACGGAGCCCGAUCAUGAUGCAGAUCGCGGAGAAGAAGAAGAUGCUUGGCGAGCUGGCCCCACCGAAGCCUGUGGGGAAGCGGCUAGACGGCGCCCGUGCGGCCCUGGAGCGCGCGAUCAAGCGCCACCAGGCGGCCGACGAGAGCGUCAAGCUGGCGCUGGCGGCCCAGACCGCCGCAUCGGAGGAGGUGAUGAAGCUGCGCGAGGAUGUGCGCCAGCUCGAGAUCGAGUGUGCUGCAGGGCGCGAUGCCAGCAUGCAGCCAGUCAAGCCAAACAUGGACCAGCUGGAGGCGAUCCUCGCGGCGGCGGUCGACGAGCUCAAGGCCUGCUCCACGGCCCACCCCUCGGCGAUCGACGAAGCCACGCAGCAGUCCAGGGAGUUGUUCGAGAAGUUCAAGGUGACCCUCGAGCUGGCCCACAGCGUCGAGGCGGCGCUGACGGAGCCCGCUCGGCGCAUGGAGGGCAAGCAACCUCCACAGGAUGGGACUGCUCACCCAGUGGUCCCCCCUCCCGUAAGGCGCUUGCAAGGCAAGCAGAAGCCCCUCACACACUUCGGUUUCGUGCGCAAGACGAUUUGCGACAAGCCGAAAGGCACCGUCUCGGCCUCGGGGUUCCCCAUCAGAGGCAAGGCCCGCAUCGAUUUCAUGUUCGUCCCAGUGGAGCAGUUUGACGAUGUUGAGUUCUGCCGCCUAGACUAUUCCCUCGACUUGACCAUGAAUGCAUGGGCUGGCCACAACGCUGGGGUUAUGGCUACCAAGGUUCGGUCAACGCCGUCGGAGACACGAUCGACUCCCCCGCUCAGACUCAACAAACUUCACCUGAUGGAGCCGCAUCGCGUGAGCCUUUUCCAGCAGCUGAUGUGGAUCUUCCCGCACCUCGACGGAGGCAUGCACAUCGAUGACCAUCUCGAGCUGCUGAAUACCUACGCGCGCUGGGCAGGCCGCUUUGUCUUCGGUGACCCGAAGAGGCAGCCCCGACAGAGGUGGAUUAGUGCCCACGUGUAG